AUGUUGUUGGUGUUUUUGAUUGUCAUUAUUGGUGCAUUUGCACAAAUAAACGAGAAAACAAUUCAAAAAGAAUUAAUUAAGAAAGUAAAUGAAGGAGUUGAAAUGCAAAAAAUUUAUUCAGACUUAGAUUUAUUAUGUAAACAAAAUAGUAUCGUUAAAGUUAAAAAAAUAGAUAUACGUAAAGCUUUAGACAUUGAAGCUGAACGUGUAGCAUCAAAAAUCAAAGCGAAAAUAGAAAAAGAAAAAAGAGAAUUAAGAAAAAAGAGAAUUGAAACUGAAAUGAGACAAUUAAGAAAAGAUGCUUUACUUGUUAAAAAAUUACGUUUUGAAAAUAGCAUUGAAAGAGAUAAAGAGGCAUUAAAAUUGGCAAAGAAAAGUAGUCCAAUAAAUUCAUCAUUCUUUAAAGAUGCAAUGAAACAAACUUGGAGAUUAAAACAAAAAAAAUUAGGAAUUAAUGAUAAAAAACAAUAA